CGAGAGCCAAGUCAGCAAGAAGCGAACGCACAAACAAAACAAAACCAGAGAUUUCGUUAUCCACUGAAGUUCGUUUGCUUCUGUCAAAUUUGCCAAAUCGUAACCAAAAAAAGAUGGCAGCUUCUUCUCCAUCUCUCCUUCUACCACUAGGUAAGAACCUAAGCUACUGAUUCUGUUUUCUGAUUUCUUCUCAAAGAUUAGAUUUCUCGUCUUGGAAUUCAGGGUUUCUCUGCUGAAUCUACUUUCUCAGAGAUAAAAAUCUCAUCUUUGUUGAUUCUCUUAAUCCUUACGGUUCAGAUUAAACCGGCUUCAUUCAUGUCUUGCAUAGUUGCAAUUAGAAUUGUUCAGCAUCUAGAAAUGGUCUAACCACCAAGAAUCCAAAUUCAUCAAGAUAUAUAGCUGCAAGAGUCAUAGCUUCAGAAACAAGAGAGCAAAGCUGUAAAAUCAGUAAUCUCUCUAGCCGUAGAGAAGCAAUGCUUUUGGUACUCGGCGUCUCAGGAGGAUUAUCAAUGAGCUCACUUGCGGCGUAUGCAGCUGGUUUACCUCCAGAAGAUAAACCAAGACUCUGUGAAGCAGAAUGCGAGAAAGAGCUUGAAAAUGUUCCAAUGGUAACUACAGAGUCAGGGCUUCAGUAUAAGGAUAUUAAAGUUGGUAGAGGCCCGAGUCCACCGGUUGGUUUUCAGGUUGCUGCUAAUUAUGUGGCUAUGGUUCCAUCAGGGCAAAUAUUCGACAGUUCUCUGGAGAAAGGUCUACCGUAUCUAUUUCGCGUUGGCUCUGGCCAGGUGAUCAAAGGACUUGAUGAAGGAAUCUUGAGUAUGAAAGCUGGUGGCAAACGUAGACUCUACAUCCCAGGGCCUUUGGCGUUUCCAAAGGGUCUAGUUUCAGCUCCAGGGAGGCCGAGAGUUGCGCCAAACAGCCCGGUGAUAUUUGACGUGAGCUUAGAGUUCAUACCAGGUCUCGAUUCAGAGGAAGAGUGAAACUCUGUUUUUUCAAGUGCAAAUUGUAAUCUUCCAUACACAAUUACAAGAUUCUAUGUAUGAUAUUUAUCUCAUUGUACUCAUUCAUUGAAGAACAUCACAUUGAUUAAAAACGUCAGUAUUUUUCAAUUCUUCA